GAGAGUAGUGACUUCCCAAGAUCCCAAGGGAGCUGGCCAGGCAGGCUGACCUGGGUUCUGCAGAAGGUACAGGUUGAGUGUAGCUGAUGUCCCCUGUGCUGUCCUCUUCCAGGACAAAUAGGAGCCGGGAACCAAGGGUCAUCCAGGGGACUUGGAACUACAAAGAGGGGCAAGGCUCUUUCACAGAUGAGCUGCCCAGUGAAGAGAAGGCUGGCAAGACUCCAUUCACACAGGGCCCAGCACCUCUUGCUUGUCACCGAGUUGGCCUUCUGUGCCACCCAUGCCACAGCGUCAGAGGAUGUGAGCCACAUCACACUCAGAACGGCAGCCUGAAGACAAGUUGGUGGAUCAAAGAAACGCACAGCGGCCCCUCUGACCAGGAGCCUCCGUCCUGCUGACCCCCGAAGCACUGCCCAGGUCCAACCACCAUGGAAGGCGACUGUCUGAGCUGCAUGAAGUACUUAAUGUUUGUUUUCAACUUCUUCAUAUUCCUGGGAGGCACCUGCCUGCUGGGCGUGGGCAUCUGGGUCAUGGUGGACCCCACCGGCUUCCGGGAGGUGGUGGCGGCCAACCCCCUGCUCUUCACCGGGGCCUACGUCCUGCUGGCCAUGGGCGGCCUGCUCUUCCUCCUCGGCUUCCUGGGCUGCUGCGGGGCCGUCCGCGAGAACAAGUGUCUGCUGCUGUUUUUCUUCCUGUUCAUCCUGAUCAUCUUCCUGGCGGAGCUCUCGGCGGCGGUCCUGGCCUUCAUCUUCAGGGAAAACCUCACGCGGGAGUUCUUCACCAAGGAGCUCACCAAGCACUACCAGGGCGACAACGACACGGACGUCUUCUCCGCCACCUGGAACUCGGUCAUGAUCACCUUUGGCUGCUGUGGAGUCAACGGGCCUGAAGACUUCAAAUUCGCAUCAAUUUACCAAAUGCUGGCCCAAGACCGCGAGGAGGUGCCCGAGGCCUGCUGCCGGCGGGAGCCCCAGGGGCGGAAAGGGGUCCUGCUCAACAGGGAGGAGUGCGUCUCGGGGAGGAGCCUGUUCAUCAACACGCAGGGCUGCUACGCGGUGAUCCUCAACACCUUCGAGACCUACGUCUACCUGGCGGGGGCGCUCGCCAUCGGGGUCCUGGCCAUCGAGCUUUCCGUCAUGAUCUUCGCCAUGUGCCUCUUCCGGGGCAUCCAGUAGGGGGCGUGGCCUGAGGACUGGCCCCGCCCACCACGCCCAGCACCUGUGCCCCUCCGGGUGCCCCUGGCCCCAGGGCGGAGACGAGGCCCUCGUGGGCGGCCGGACGGGCCGGGAGCGCACAGCUAUUUUUUUAACAAGAUGAAGACAGAAAUGGGGACGGACGCGCCCUCGCCUGGGCUGGGACCCCGCGCCUGACCCGGGAUGCAGCCAGGCCAGGCCUGUCCCCACAGCUUAGCGACCUGGUGCCAAGGAAAUGAGGCCACAAGAAGACACUGACAAAGCCCCAGAGCCCCCAGGAGACUCGGUGGCCUCACCCUCGGGGGCUCGCAACCUGGAGGGCAGUCCCUGCACUGCCAGGGGACAGAGCUGUGUCCGGGAGUGGCCCCGCUGGCAGUCCCUCCUGUCCCCAUCUGUGGGACCCAAUCACAUGUGAGGCCCAGAGAGGGACUGUGGGCUGUGGCGUCACACAGCACAUGUGUGGUGGUGCUGAACAAGAACCUGGCUCCUCUCUGAGGUGCGUCUCUCCAUCCCGGACACCGUGGGAUCCGCGGCUCACAUACCCUCUGGCCUCAGGAUCCUGGUUUCCCAGGAAAGACGGGACCAGCUGCCCAGGAAAUGCCCCCUCCCGGCUCUGCAGCUAAGAAGUCGAUCGCUGUCCCCCUUUCCCUCACCUCCCACUUCUCCACCAGCCCCCUGCCAUGGACGCACAGCCCUUCCCCUGGGGCACACUGCCCACCUCUCCCCACCGGCUCCUCCUCCCUGUCCAUCCCCAACUCCCUGGCCCCAGGAUGAAAGAAACCCCCCAAAUCUUCUGGUUCUCCCUGUUCCCACCCAGAAUGGAGGCUUGGGUAUGUUCUGCCAGACUCCUGCCAAGAAUUCUCCACCCUCUUCUUGCAUACCUCCAGGGACGGGGAGCUCACUACCUCCCCAGGCAGCUUUUGCACUGCUCCCACCCCAGUCAGCUCGACAGACAGAACAGGCUUCUGCUUUCCUCUGGUUCCGUCUGUGCGUCCCACUUGCUCCUUGCCUUUCCUGAGGGUCAAGGUCACACACUGGCUCCCAGAAGCCCUCUUGUCUGUAGGUAAAGAGCCCCUCAGGCAUCUCAGCCAUUUCUGCUGCCACACAGUGUCCCGUCCUUCCAUUGUCCACGUGAUACUUCUGUGUCCCCUCCAGAUCUCCCCACAGACCCACAGAUUCCCACCCACACAACCCCACCACUGCACAGGCCUCACACUCCGAAUCAGUGUUGGCAAGUAGAUAGCAAGACGCCUGGCCAGCCCCAGCCCAGCCUCGCCUGAGACUGGGCCAGGGCCAGGGGCCUGCCUGCUCUGGACCUGCCCAGCCCUCAGCCCCAGCUUCCCGGAAGGCAGACGGCUGGCCCGGGUUGACCAGAAACCCCACGUCUAGGCUGGGCAGCCCGGGUCCAGGGGCACCCCAAGCCUCCAGGGCCCAGAAGAGUGAGGGUGUCGGUGAAGGGCAGACCAGGGGGCAUGUGGCCCAGAGUGGCUCUGAGACGAGGGCUUUCUGUAAAAGUGCCGAGGAGCCUGUCCGCCCCCACACGACUCCCUGCCCUCUGCACCUCUGAGCCUGAAGGGGACACAGGGUUUGUCCCUGUGGCACCUGCUCAGGCUGGCAGCAAUCUGCAAGGUCCCCUGAAGUCACAGCCCCCGGGGCAAGAGCUCUGGCACCAAGGGCCCUGUGGGUGUGGCCCAGCUGCCCAGCCUGAUCUGCGGGCAGGGUCAGGCCGUCGCGGCUCCUCCAGAACAGCCCAGCUGAGACUGUCCCCGACUGAGCCAACAGCAGGGUGGCCCCUGCCCGUGCCGAGCCACUGCCUCCCAGAGGGGGGCUCGGCCUCCCCACCCUUGUGGUGCCCAGCCUUCGGGGGCCAAGGGGCCCAGACCCGACGGCCCCAACCAGCCAGGGUGGUGGCCGCCCUCUGCCCAGCAGCCCCCGUCCCUUGCUCUGUGGGUCGCAUGUUGAAGGUCUGUUUUGAGAUCCGCCACUGUCCCACCGUCCCCCGCUGCUGGAGCUGCAGAGCUGUCACCAUCCCCCAUGAGCCCCUUUUGUGCCGCGCCUCAGGAGGAGUUUGUGACAGAGAACAGGACGCCACGGAGGGUUUUGCA